AUGUCACUAUACGCAUCUUGGAGAGGAAGAUUAGAAGCUCGAGAUGCCAUUGACACGCGCAGCUUGGCUGCGACGAGCCAGCGUCGAACGCGAGAGCCUUGGAUCAGCGAGGUUCAGGAUCAUCGAGAUGGCAUGAUUCCGCAUUGGCUAGCACGGGAUUCCGUAGAGGGGAGAGAACACCACACUGCAAUUGACCAUACUCAGAUUCCUGCCAACGACGACUAUCCACCUCUCGAAACUGAUCGAGGUCUGCUAUUGUGCGCCGGCAGCUUUGGCUGCUAUCAGGAGACACCCCGCGAGGGUGGUAAACGACUUGACUGGUGUCUGUUACAGUUCAAGCAUUCCGACAGGUUUUCGACAAUAGUCGUCAUCCUGGACGACUGUGCGGUAUGGGUUGCGCUGUCCCUCAGAUGGUCGAGAAUGAGCCAAGAUCGCGAAGCAAAGCACUGCAAGAGUAUGGAGCGAUGA